AUGGACCUUGCCUCGAUUCUGAACAAUGCUCACGGGAACGCCAGCGAUGCCGGAAUCGACCGAGCUAGCGGCGGUCCGCUGAAGGCGACGGAGAGGCGGACCGAGUCGGCCGAGAGGGAACCCGAGAAAGAGUCCGAGAGGGAGGGCGACGAAGCUACCGUCAUCCCGCCCCCACCCCCCUCGUCCGUUUUCGAUACGUACGAGGAGAUGUACUCCUUUCUGCAAACCUUUCACCGCGACAACGGUGCGGCCAUUGUCAAACGGAGCACGGGCGGGAAAAAGCAUGACUUUGGCAACGGGAAGCAGUACAGCUACAUCGUCUUCAUCUGCGACCGCGGCGAGCGACGGCCCUCGAAAUCCGUCGGCAUCCGGAAGGUGGCGUCGCAACGGAUCGGCUGUAGCUAUUCCAUUGUGGCCUCGGCCACGAAACAGAUGAGCUGGAAGUGGACGUACCGGAUAACGAACGGCCAUCACAACCACGGUCCGUCCGUCGACCCCUCCGCUCACAGUAUCCACCGACGACGGACCAGCGAGCAGAAGGAAUUGCAAAAGCACAUUGCCGACAGCGGAAGCACAUCAGCCCGAGAGAUGGAUCAAAUCGUUCGCCACCAGUCGGAACAAACCCAACGGUACUUUCGUACCAAGGACACCUACAACGAUCGUCAACGGAUGCGGCUGGAAAAACUCCACGCUUCGUCGGAAGAGGCCUGUAGGAAGUAG